AUGUUGGGCGCUGAGUCAUGGGCAUCCCCCAGGGUCACUGCCUCCAAGCUCUCACCCCUGCCCCCCUCAGAGAAAUCCUCCUCACAGGCGGAUUGCCCUGCCCUGCUGCAGGAGAGGGGCUGGAACCUCCAUGGCUCACCACCUCCCAUGGCCGUGGAACCGGUUCGCACUGGGAAGAUGGCUGCCUGGGGGCUGCUGCAGAUGGUUGUGCUCCUCCUGGUCCAAGGUGCCCGUGGGGGCCUCCGAGAAGACUUCCGCUUCUGCGGCCAGAGGAAUCAGACCCAGACAAGCAGCCUUCAUUAUGAGCAGUCGUCGGAGCUGCACAUCGCCAUCGAGAACACCGAGGGUGCUCUGACGGUGCGCGCCCCCUUCCCUGCAGCCCCCGGAGCUUCCCAGGUCCUCCCUGACCGCAGGGGUCUCUACCACUUCUGCCUCUACUGGAGCCACCACGCUGGGAGGCUGCACCUCCGCUAUGGCAAGCACGACUUUUUACUGAGCGACCAGGCCUCGGGCCUCCUGUGCUUCCGGCACCAGAACGAGAGCACAGUGCAGGGCCCCCACCUGCUCGCCACCUCCGUCAGCUCCUGGUGGAGCCCCCGUAACACCAGCCUGCCCAGCAACACCGGCUUCACUUUCUCCUUCCACAAGCCUCCCCAGAACGCUUCCCACAAUGCCUCGGUGGACAUGUGUGAGCUGAAAAGGGACCUCCAGAUGCUCAGCCAGUUUCUGAAGCACCCCAGGAAGAGCGCCAGGAAGCCCAUGUCUGUCCAGGCCCGACAGCAACUACAGAGCCUCGAAUCGAAGCUGACCUCCUUGAGAUUCACAGGGCACACCAUGUCCUUUGAGGAGGAUCGGGUCAAUGCCACGGUGUGGAAGCUCCAACCCACAGCUGACCUCCAAGACUUGCACCUCCACUCCAAGCAAGAGGAGGAACAGAACGAGGUGAAGGAGUACUCGGUGCUCCUGCCCCGCACGCUCUUCCAGAGGGCUAAAGGCCGGAAGUGGAAGGGGGACAAGAGACUCCUCUUGGUGGACUUCAGCAGCCAAGCCCUGUUCCAGGACAAGAAUUCUAGCCAAGUCUUGGGUGAGAAGGUCUUGGGUAUUGUUGUGCCAAACACCAUAGUAGCCAAUCUCUCAGAUCCUGUGGUUCUCACCUUCCAGCACCAACCACAACCUAAGAAUGUGACGCUACAGUGUGUAUUCUGGGUUGAAGACCCAACAUUGAGCAGCCCAGGGAGUUGGAGUGAUGCUGGGUGUGAGACCCUCAGGAGAGAGACCCAGACAUCCUGCUUCUGCAACCACCUGACCUACUUCGCGGUGCUGAUGGUCUCCUCUGUCGAGGUGGACGCCGUGCACAAGCAUUACCUGACCCUCCUGUCCUACGUGGGCUGUGUCAUCUCUGCUCUGGCCUGUGUCCUCACCAUCACCGCCUACCUCUGCUCCAGGAGGAAGCCUCGAGACUACACCAUCAAGGUGCACAUGAACUUGCUGCUGGCCAUCUUCCUGUUGAACGUGAGCUUCCUCCUCAGUGAACCCGUGGCCCUGACAGAAUCCAAGGUGGGCUGCCAGGCCAGUGCCAUCCUCCUACACUUCUCCCUGCUCGCCUGCCUCACCUGGAUGGGUCUCGAGGGCUACAAUCUCUACCGACUUGUGGUUGAGGUCUUCGGCACCUACGUCCCUGGCUACAUGCUGAAGCUGAGUCUCGUGGGUUGGGGGUUCCCCAUCUUCCUGGUGACAUUGGUGGCCCUGGUGGACGUGAACAACUAUGGCCUCAUCAUCCUGGCUGUGCACAGGACUCCAGAGAGAGUCAUCUACCCCUCCAUGUGCUGGAUCCGGGACUCCUUGGUCAGCUGCAUCACCAAUCUGGGCCUCUUCGGUUUGAUAUUUCUCUUCAACACGGUCAUGUUGGGCACCAUGGUAGUGCAGAUCCUACGGCUGCGCCCUCACGCCCAGAAAUGGCCCCAUGUGCUGACGCUGCUGGGCCUGAGCCUGGUCCUAGGCUUGCCUUGGGCCCUGGUGUUCUUCUCCUUUGCCUCCGGCACCUUCCAGAUUGUUGUCCUCUACCUCUUCAGUAUCAUCACUUCCUUCCAAGGCUUCCUCAUCUUCCUCUGGUACUGGUCCAUGCGGCUGCAGGCCCGCGGUGGUGGUUCCUCUUCCCUGAAAAGCAGCUCAGACAGUGCCCGGCUUCCCAUCAGCUCUGGCAGCACCUCAUCUGGCCGCAUCUAA